UGUGUGAAGCAGGAGGGGAGGUUUCAUGCCCAGGUUAAAGCCCCAGCAGAUAGCGACACCUCGUCUGGAGCACAACAGACACACAGUGUGUCCCUGCACUCUCUUUCUCUCGCUCUCUAAGAAACUUUCUACGCGGGAGCGAUUAUCCAGCAUGUCGGUAGUGACGGACCAGGCCAUAGUGACUCUGGCUACCAAUGAUGCUUACUGCAAGGGCGCCCUGGUUCUGUGCCAGUCUCUGAAACGCCACAACACCACGCGGCAGGUCGUGGUUCUGUUUACGCCGCAAAUCUCCAGCAGGAUGAGGUAUGCCCUCAGGAGUCUAUUUGACGAGGCCAUCGAGGUCAACGUACUAGACAGCAGGGACUCUGCUCACCUGGCCCUCUUAUCCAGGCCCGAGCUUGGUCCGACCUUCACCAAAAUACACUGCUGGCGCCUCGUGCAGUACUCCAAGUGUGUAUUCAUGGAUGCUGACAUGCUGGUGUGUCAAAACAUAGAUGACCUCUUUGAAAGGGAAGAGCUCUCUGCUGCUCCAGACGCUGGCUGGCCAGACUGCUUCAACAGUGGGCUAUUUGUCUACAAGCCUUCCAUCGAAACCUACAAUCGAUUACUGCAGUUUGCAGUGGAAAAUGGUAGUUUUGAUGGUGCAGAUCAAGGCUUGUUGAACAGCUUUUUCAGUGGCUGGUCUACGCAGGAUAUCCAUAAACACCUCCCAUUCAUUUACAACUUGGCUGGCAUUGCCUUAUACAGCUACCUCCCUGCAUUCAAGCGGUUUGGUGCUUCUGUCAAAGUGGUUCAUUUCUUGGGGCCGACAAAACCGUGGCAUUACCGGUACGAUGCGGCGACGAAGAGCGUGGUGCAGGAGAACAUGUCUCCCGCCGACAGCAUGUUCCUCAGCUUCCUGAAUACGUGGUGGGACAUCUACACCACUUUCAUCUCGCCGCUGUUGGCCCAGGAGACUGGGGUGAAAGAAGUUGUUGAACAGCCUGAAGAGGAACGUUGUCAAGCCAGCUUGAGACGGCGAAUAGAUCUCGGCGCGAUCAAGAGGGUGCCUUGGUCAAUCGAACCCACCGAGGCCUUUACUGCCGAGACUAUAAAUAUUGUCAUCUCAACUCAGGAUUUACGCAAAGUUCCUAAAAUAGUUGUCCAGCCACCAGAUUCAUUCCAACUAUUUGAACCGACCAGAAGUAAAAUAUGGAAAAGAAAAGAUGACGCCUCUUCUGUGACCAAAGGACAAAUAAUUGCACGUAAAUAUUCAGAUAAAGGAAGAAGGCCACCUGAGCCGUAUGUCAAAGAGCCCAGUACGUCGUCUUUGAAGAUGCUAAAAGGUAUGGCUGCCUUUGAAGAUGAGCCAACUAAAGAAAAAAGAGAUCUGACUAGCUCUGAAGAUGAGACUUCUAAAAAAGAAGAGAUCGCGUCCCUCAAGAAGAAGCCAUUGGAAGAAGAAGAAAAGGAAAGCUCUUCCUCAUCUGAUCAGACUACGCAGGAUAUAGCAGAUGUGUUGUCGGACCUCUCCCUCGAAGUGGCCCCCGCGGACUCCACCGAGGCGCAAGACCGACGCCGGUGGGAAGAAGGAAACGUUGACUAUAUGGGCCGGGACGCUUUCGUCAACAUUCAGAGGAAGUUGGACCAGUUUCUGAAGUAGUGCGUCAGAUGUCAAUGAGCGCUCUUCAGCGAAAGUGUUGUGAUGGGUUUUUUUGCGUAUAUAUAUAUAUUACUGUGAAUGGCAGCUUAUUUGUGGCAAAUUUAAUGUUGCCCGUUUGGUAUUACACUGUAAAUAGAUUUUUGUUCCGGGUGAAAUUUUUUUUUUUUUUUACAUUCAUUAGUGGUAUUAAAAAGAAAUCUUUAUAGAUCA